UAGAUGCAGGAGGGGUGAGAGAGUUCGAAAUUCCAUAGCGCAGCAAUCCUUAUUUUGAUCCGCUACAAUGCUUUUAUAUUAUUUAUUUAGCUCCAAAGUAUAUAGAAGAACGAUUAAGGAGCUGCUUUAUUCCGUUUUUAAUCAAUGAUUUACCCGAAAGAAAUGAGUUUAUAUUUGAUACUAACCCUACCCUGUAGCUCAAAUAGAUUGGUCAUAAGAAAGUCUCUCACAAAUGUGCUUGUUUUCAUAGUAUACUGAACGUUCAGCGCCAUGAAUCCUAUAGUGGUGGAUCCGAACAAUCCCGGAAGAAUUUCUCUGGCUUAUCGAGACCUCACUGAACUGCCUACAGAUUGGGAUGGAAAAUUUGACGACAUAACUGUUCUGGAUUUAAGCCAUAAUAAUUUGACUGACUUUCAAUUUUUACAGGAUUUCCCGUAUCUCAACACAUUAAUUCUGGACAAUAAUAACCUAACAAAUCAUGUGAAAUUUCCACGCAUGAAGUCACUUCACACACUGUGGGUAAACCAGAAUAGAAUUACAAAUCUGAGUUCUUUUAUUGAGACUGUAGCAAAAUGCUUCCCGAAUUUGAAGUACUUUAGCAUGAUGAACAAUGAGGCUGCCCCAAGUUAUUUUAAUGGAGGAACCUACCAGCAGUACAAGGAUUACAGAUGUUAUGUUAUAAGUCAUCUUCCAAGUUUACUGGUUCUUGAUGACCAUGCCAUUGAUGCGGAUGAGAGAGAAGAGGCUCGUAAAGUAUAUGGCAAUAGAAGAGUGUCUGUAAGCUCAAAGAAAGUUAGUAAAAAACACAAAGAAAAGAAAAAGAAAGAUGUGGAAUAACAUUUGCAUUUGGCUUGAUUAUUACUUCUAGAACAGCUUAAAAGUAAUUUACCUGCUUUCUUAUAUAAUGUUCGAUUGGAGUGUAUGGCUUAUGAGAUGUGGGUAAACAAAUUUUUGCACCAAAUCAAUGGAUAGGAACUGGAAUGUCCUAAUAAACUGUUAUUUUUUGAUUGAAGAAAAAAAAUAGAGUAAAUGCAAUUUUUUUGUUAAAUUUUCAUACUGACUAUUUCCAAAGGAAAUCUGUAUUUUAUAGACAAAUAUAUUUAUAGUAGCUAAGGAUACAAAAAGAUAUAUGAUAGAGAAAACAUAUUAGAGUAGUAGCCAUAUAAAUAAAAUCUACUGUUUAUUGAA